AGCUUCUAUGUAAAGAGAAAGCAUAAACACAAAAGUACAUCUUUUUAAUUCUCUCAAUGUCAGCAAUCACCUAGUAAAACAAUGGUUUGUACUUUGAUGGAGAGUAUUGAAGAGGGAGAGGGUGUGUCGUGUCCAAGAGCUCCAAGAUAGAUGCUCUUACUUUUCCUCCUAAAAAAGCAAUUAAAAGAGCCAACUACGUAAAGAACAUAGGGAAUAUAUAUAUAUAUGUAUUUUUAUAAGAAAAAACAAGAAUUUCCUCUCUUCUUCCCGUUUUAAAUUCUAAAAUCCUAACUAACAAUGGUAAAUACUGUGAACCUAUAUUAUGGUACAAAUUUUAAAAAUCCUACUUAAUUAUUUUGCAUUAUACAUAACCUCUUCUCAUAGGUAACCAACCAUUAUCCAGUAUCCACCAUUGCUUGAUGAAUUAACCGAAAUAAAGCCUUGCUAUGCACUCAAGGAACAAAUAACUUCAAACUCUUAAUACCAAACCCUCUUACCCUCAAAUUCCCAAAUACUUCUCAACCCAAAACAUUUCUCCUUUUCCAGUUCAAUGUCUCUUCCAGCUCAACAACAACCACAACCACAACAACCUGUUCAAGUUUACCCAAAAACAGGCACAAAUCAACCACCUCCCCAUCAUUCAAAUGGGAAUUUUGGGACAGUUUUCAUUGUCCUUGCAAUAAUAUUAGUCAUUUCAGUAGUUGCUUGUUUACUCGGACGCCUCUGCAAUCGACGCAACUACAACAAUAACCAAAGUCGUCAACACAACAGCCUGCAGAGACGGCCCGCUAAGCCGAAUAGGCAGCAACAGAUUCAUGAUUUUGAAACAAGAGAAGGUGACAUUGAACUUGGGGUUGACAAAAGAAUGCCUCCACCAAUAAUUACAAGGCCUAGAGGACUUGCUUUUGAACCACCAGCAUGCACAAGAUCUCAGCCACAUGGUAAUAUUAAUAAUGGUCACAAUCACAUGAAAGAUUUUGAAAUGAAAUCUGAUCAUGAUAGUGAUUAUCAUAGAGCUGGUUUAUGACCAUGAUAUAUGGAACUAUAUAUCCAAUAAUAGGACCUUAUGUAAGAUUAGCCAUCUUAUCUUAUGCUAAUAAUCAUUCCCACUAUGUGUUUAAUCCCUUCUUUUAUUUGCUUUAAUUUUUACUCCUAUAGUCAUCCAAAUUCAUGAUGUAAAUGUAAUAAAUUAUAUUUUUAUA